AUGAAAAAGAAACUGCAGGAGGAACCCUCGGAGUGGCUAGACCCUCAAGAUGAGGCCUUCUACAACCAAAGAAUGGGGCUGCUGCAGCAGCAGUACCAACAGGAGCUGCAGCGGCAGGCAGCAACUUCCCAGCAGCAGCAGCAGCAGCAGCAGCAGCAGCAGCAGCAGCCGCAGCAGCAACACCAGCAGCAAGGUGGCCCCCAGCCCCAAGAGGGGCAACCGUGCAGCGUAGCCCAGCAGCAGCAGCAGCAGCAGCAGCAGCAGCAGUGGCAGCAACAGCCUCCACAGUGGCCGCAGCAGCCGCAGCAACAGCAGCAGGAGCCGCAGCAACAACAGUGGGAGCAGCAGCAGCAACAACCGCAGUGGCAGCAGCAGCAGCAACCGCAGUGGCAGCACCAACAGCCGCAGCAACAGCAGUGGCAGCAACAGCAGCAACCGCAGUGGCAGCAGCAGCAGCAACAACCGCAGUGGCAGCAGCCGCAGCAGCAGUGGCAGCAGCAGCCACAAUGGCCGCAGCAGCAGUGGCAACAGCAACAGCCACAGCAGCAGUGGCAACAGCAGCAGCCACAGCAGCAGUGGCAACAGCAACAGCAGCAACCGCAGCAACCGCAGUGGCAACAGCAGCAGCAGCAACCGCAGUGGCAACAGCCGCAGCAGCAACCGCAGUGGCAACAGCAGCAGCAGCAACCGCAGUGGCAGCAGCAGCAGCCACAGCAGCAGUGGCAGCAGCAGCAGCCACAGCAACAGUGGCAGCAGUUCCCACAGUCUCAGUGGCAGCAGCUGCAGCAGCCACAGCAGCAGUGGCAGCAGCAGCCGCAGUGGCAGCCGCAGCAACCACAGCAGCAGUGGCAGCCGCAGCAGCCACAGCAGCAGUGGCAGCAGCAGCAGCCUUGGCAACAGCCUCAGCAGUGGCAGCAGCAGCCACAGCAGCAGUGGCAGCCGCAGCAGCAGAGCAGCAGCAGCACAUGGGGAACCCAGCAAGCCUACCAGCA